UUCUCAAGUGGGGUCACUUAUUACGCAAAUGUUUGAUCACAUGACUGAUGUAUCAUGGCUGCCUCCAGUGCAGCCCGCCGCACUGCCUUUACUGCCUCUCGUACUAUGUUUCGGGUUGGAUUUCGAUGGGAAUAUGCAAAAUGUGAUGGGGAACAGUUUAGGGGUCAUGAAGAAACGUUUCUCACAGGGCACCGGCUGGCUGCAAGAGUUACCCGGACUUUCCAUUCAUCUGGUGCCUGUCGGACUGAAGGAAGUGGCUCCGAUUUGGAAAACUCUGACGAUGUUGUCAACGUCAUUUAUAUAGACCGAUCUGGACGUCGGAUUCCGGUGAAGGCUAAAGUAGGUGAUAAUGUCUUAUAUUUGGCACACAAACAUGGAAUUGACCUUGAAGGAGCCUGCGAUGCUUCACUUGCAUGUUCUACCUGCCAUGUGUACGUGAAAGAGGAGUACCUUGAAAAACUUCCCAUGCCUGAAGAGAGAGAAGAAGAUAUGUUGGAUAUGGCACCAUUGCUACAAGAAAAUUCCCGGUUGGGCUGCCAGAUCAUUCUUACCAAAGAAUUAGAUGGAAUUGAAUUGCAGUUGCCCAAAAUUACUAGGAACUUCUACGUCGAUGGACAUGUGCCUAAGCCUCACUAGUGAGAGACUGUGGGACAGAAUCAGAUGGGUGAGGAAAUAGAAAUUUCAGGCCCCUCAAGAGUACCUGUGCUUUGGUGGCACACUGCUCUUGUUGGUACAGCAAGCUGGUGGUUGUGCAGUGUAGCGAGCCAGUGUCUAUGGCAGCAGUACAGAUGAGUCCUGUAGUAUACAGGAUGUGGAAGCCACGCUUUUUUUUUUCAAAAGUCUGUGAAGAUUUGUUUGCACAGCUUUGCCAAAGAAGUGGAUUUGAGUAAUCGCAAACCUAUUGCACUGCCUUCUGAAUCAUUCUACCUAACCUUUGGGAGAGGACUGAUACAGUACAACAUUAAUGUUCAUGUCUCUUUCUGUGUUUACUGAAUAUAUCAUUUAAAUUGUUAUAUUCAUUUUAUUUCAUGUACAUUUGUCUUUAUAUUUUCCUUAUAACUGUCAAGGUUUGUUGUCAUAUAAUUUGAGUUCAAACAGAAUUUUAUUAAAAACAUUAUCCUACCGUAUGCAUUGAAAGCA